AUGGACAUCACUCAGCGUUUCGUCUCAGUGGCUCAUCCACAAGCAAAUGGCCAAGUGGAAUUAGCUAAUAGAACAAUUUGUGAAGGGAUCAAGAAGAGGCUGAACCAGAGUAGAGGGAAAUGGGUGGAGGAGUUGGACACCGUUCUCUGGGCCUACCGAACUAGCCCAAAGACGGCAACAGACGAGGCACCUUUCACGCUGGUAUAUGGAUCCAACGCAGUGAUACCAGCGGAGGCCAGACUGGAAUCAUACCGUAUCAUCGCCUAUGAUACAGAGCAUAACGCCGAUCUUCGCAGAACAGAGCUCGACCUUGUGGAAGCACAGCGAGAAGAAGCUCAAAUCAGAGCAGCAAAGUAUAAAGGUGUCAUCAAAGCAGGGUACGACAAAAGGGUUAGAGCGCGGAAGCUGGUCAAGGGCGAUUUGGUCCUAAAGAGAGCCGACGCAUUAAGGGCAGUGGGCAAAUUUGAAGCUAACUGGGAAGGACCGUUCAUCGUCACAGAGGUCUUAGGGGGGGAGCAUACAUACUGUCGGAUUCAGAGGGCAGAGCUCUACCUAGGCCAUGGAAUAUAA